UUUAUGCCUCCAUCUUGACCAGAAGUCCUCAAAGUUGACUUAUUUUUAACAUAUUAAAUCUAAAGAAAUAUUAUCGCUGGAAGUAGGUCAAAGGUUACCUAGGAUAUAUUAAAAGAGAAAUGAAAUUAUAAAUCAUUCAUAAAAGCUUGCUAUCUUUUUUUAAGAACCAUCAAACUCUCUGAAGUUAAGGAUCAUACAUUAAUGUUUCCCAAUUUAGGGGAUCAAAUAUUAAGUAGUAAGACCCAGCAUUAUGUAAGUUGAAAACUCUGGGGUAUAUUUUAAUCGUUAAUGUGAGUAAGUUAACAGCUGCAUGAGCAUCAUUCUCGAGGGUGAGUUUCUUGGUGAUCUGUGUUGCCACCUGCAAGAACUGUGCUUUGUACCCUCUAGGACUUCAUACCUCAUAGGUAGGUGGCAAUCAUGGAAUUGUUCUGAAGUAAACUAUCAUGCUUAGAGAGUGAAACAAAAAGUGCCACUCCGGUGACAUCCCCAAUCAACACUUUAACUGUAUGUAACAUCUCCUUCCUGCUUAGCAGAGAAUGAUUGCACGUGAAAGCUGAAAUUGUAAAUAGAGUAGGAAUUUGUUUAAAUGGCUGAGAACCUGUUGGGUGGCCAAGAUCCUUGAAGAUUUUAGGUCAGGGAGACAAGAGGCUCUAUAUUUUUAACUGGGCAGGUUACUAUGGAAAGACAAUGAUGCCAUUAAGCACCUGGGGGACAAAACUAUGAAUUCUUUAAGUAAUGGGGCAGUUUAUGUGGAAUAGAAAACAGAAUACAAAGCCAUUGCUCAAUAUUUUUAAAUGACUCUCAGUUUUUCUUGACCUGGCCUGAAGUGUCAGGGGUUUUCAUAGACACCUGUUUUUGUGCAUGAAUUUCUCCUUUCAAACCUUCAGCAGGUAUCUUACCACUAAACCACAUUAGACUAUUUACACAAACAGAUCAUUUUUAGCUGCUGGGCUCUGUAAUAGCACCCACGAAUGUUCUUUUAACACUUUUUCAAGAGGAAUGAGGUAUAGGUAGGUGGUGGAAGCUGUGGGUCUCCGAGUGCCCUAAUUAAACUGAGCACUUUUUCCAUUUCCACUGCUAAAAGACGGAAGGAUCAGAAGAGCAGGAAAAUCAGUUUCCUGCCUGGAAUCCAUCUGCAAACAUGCCAGAAAUAGCCCUUUUGGUGCUAAUGUCCUUGAACUUGGUUCAUGGAGCUUUUUAUGCUGAGAGAUACCAAACACCUACAGGUGUAAAAGGCCCACUAGCCAACACCAAGACACAGUUCUUCAUUCCCUACGCCAUAAAGAGUAAAGGUAUACCAGUAAGAGGAGAGCAAGGUAUUCCUGGUCCACCAGGCCCCACUGGACCUCGAGGGCACCCAGGUCCCUCUGGGCCACCAGGAAAGCCAGGCUAUGGAAGUCCUGGACUCCAAGGAGAGCCAGGGUUGCCAGGACCACCAGGACCAUCAGGCACCGGGAAGCCAGGCAUACCAGGACUACCUGGAAAACAAGGGGAGAGAGGACCAUAUGGACCGAAAGGAGAUAUUGGACCAGCUGGUUUACCAGGACCUCGGGGUCCCCCAGGACCACCCGGAAUUCCUGGCCCAGCUGGAAUUUCUGUUUCAGGAAAACCUGGACAACAGGGACCCCCAGGAGCCCCUGGGCCCAGAGGCAUUCCUGGAGAAAAGGGUGCACCAGGAGUCCCUGGUGUGAAUGGACAGAAAGGGGAAACUGGAUAUGGUGCUCCUGGCCGCCCAGGUGAGAGGGGCCUUCCAGGUCCCCAGGGUCCCAUGGGUCCACCUGGCCCUCCUGGAGUGGGAAAAAGAGGUGAAAAUGGGUUUCCAGGACAGCCAGGUAUCAAAGGUGAUCGGGGCUUUCCAGGGGAAAGGGGACCAGCUGGCCCACCAGGCCCCCAAGGUCCUCCUGGGGAACGAGGGGCCGAAGGCAUUGGAAAGCCAGGAGCCAGUGGAGCGCCAGGCCAGCCAGGGGUUCCGGGAACCAAAGGUCACCCUGGGGCUCCGGGAGUAGCUGGGCCCCCAGGGCCUCCUGGCUUUGGGAAACAGGGCUUGCCAGGCCUGAAGGGACAAAGAGGACCCGCUGGCCUUCCAGGGGCUCCAGGUGCCAAAGGGGAACAAGGUCCAGCAGGCCGUCCUGGGGAGCCAGGUCUGGCUGGACCCCCUGGAAGUAUGGGGCCCCAAGGACCAAAAGGCAUCCCAGGCAACCAUGGGGUUCCAGGCCCUAAAGGUGAGACGGGGCCAGUCGGACCUGCAGGACACCCUGGGGCUAAGGGAGAAAGGGGUUCCUCUGGCUUAGAUGGAAAACCAGGGUACCCGGGAGAACCAGGUCUCAGUGGUCCUAAGGGUAACCCAGGGUUACCAGGCCCAAAAGGUGACCCUGGCGUGCAAGGACCUCCUGGUCUCCCAGGCCCUGGGGGCCCAUCAGGAGUUAAGGGAAUGCCUGGACACAACGGUGAGGCAGGUCCAAGAGGUGCUCCUGGAAUACCAGGUACCAGAGGCCCCAUUGGGCCACCAGGCAUUCCAGGAUUCCCUGGACCUAAAGGGGAUCCAGGAACUCCAGGUCUUCCGGGCCCAGCUGGCAUAGCAACUAAGGGCCUCAAUGGACCCAGUGGGCCACCAGGACCCCCAGGUCCAAGAGGCCAUUCUGGAGAGCCUGGCCUUCCAGGGCCCCCAGGUCCCCCAGGCCCCCCAGGCCAAGCAGCCCUUCCUGAGGGCUCUAUAAAGGCAGGCCAAAGGCCUUUUGUUAGUGCCAGCCAGGGUGUGACAGGAAUGCCAGUGUCUGCUUUCACUGUUAUUCUCUCUAAAGCUUACCCAGCUAUAGGAGCUCCCAUCCCAUUUGAUAAGAUUCUGUAUAACAGGCAACAGCAUUAUGACCCAAGAACUGGAAUCUUUACCUGCAGGAUACCCGGAAUAUACUAUUUCUCCUACCACGUGCAUGUCAAAGGGACCCAUGUUUGGGUAGGUCUGUAUAAGAAUGGCACCCCUAUAAUGUACACGUAUGAUGAAUAUGCCAAAGGCUACCUGGACCAGGCUUCAGGCAGUGCCAUAGUUGAUCUCACAGAAAACGAUCAGGUGUGGCUCCAACUGCCCAACGCCGAGUCCAAUGGCCUGUACUCCUCUGAGUACGUCCACUCCUCCUUCUCAGGAUUUUUAGUGGCUCCAAUGUGAGCACAUUCCCACCAAGCUAAUCUAAAUCUGCUUGAAAAGGCGUCCCCCAACUUCACCCCACCCCACCAAAUGCACAUGGAGGUAGGCUGAAAACGAUGUCGCUCAUUUUAAUCUUCCAAAAUACAGAUUUGAGCUUUCAGACCAACCAAUUUUCCCUCUGAAAAAGUGAGUGGCAAUGGUAAAAAAUAUGUGAAGGCCCUCUCAAAUUCCUAAUCAGAAAUCCUAAGACUCUUUAAAGUUUUCUGUGAAGUCCUUCAGUACUGAAAAAUUUCACCAUAAAAGCCCUACUAAGCUAAAAUAUAAAAUGAUCACAAACAACCCUGAUCGGCGAUGCAGUUAUGAUAAAUUUGAUUUUAGAAUCUCAGCAUUUGCCUGUUUCUAACAAUUAUCAGAACUUCUAGGGAACAUUAGAGGUAUCAUAUCUGUAUAAAACUUAAAUACUUGAAUAUUCAAAUUUAAAAGACAUAUUAUACCGUAGGAUUUUUCAGAUGGUGCAUUACUCAAGGCUUACACGGCCACGUGCGUCAAUAUCUAUUCAAAUAUAGAGGUGCAUACAGACUUUUUAUGACUCUCAUAAAAAAUAAAAAAUAUUAUGUUAAAAUUAACCUGAAAUGCAACCACGGUGCUUUAGUCAUGAGCCUUUCCAAACUUUUCUGUGAUUGCAGAGAAGCUUUCUAUAUACCCUUCACAACUUGGAAGCAGGUGCCUCACCUAUUGUGUUUAUUUAACACAAGUGUGCUUCAUUUGAUUUAAUUCCCUUGAGUUUUAUGUCAUAUGACUUUGUGGGUUUACGGUAUGUACCUGUGCCUCCCAUUCCAGUGAAAUAAUAACUAAUGU